ACGAAUGGGCGUGCGCGCGUGCGUGUGGGCGUGAGCUAGUCCCAGCCUAGCCUAGCCUGAUCUGAUUUCCACACAGCGCCAUGGCCGAGCUGGACAUACCAGGAGUGGCGUUGAAUCAAGAGUACAGAGUGAAGCUGGGCAAGAGUUUCACGUUUCCCAAAGAAAAUGCCUUCCACACCAUCAAGUAUGACUUCAAGCCACUGUCGGUGGACAACAGCAAGCCGGGGAAACUGAGAGUAGGAGAGGGAGAUGAAGUCAACAUGUCUUUGCCUGUGGUGCAGGCAGAGUCAGCGGAUGACGUGGCUCAGUUCAGGGGACCGAAGCGACCGUGUACCCGAGAGUGUGUCCUCAUUAUCAACACUGAGACUGGGGAGGCCAUUCUGGAGAAGAUUGGCAGUUCUGUCAACCUCAAGUCUGUCAGGGAUGGAAGGCCGAAGCCUUCGCGAGAUCGCUCCAUAUCUCCAGCACCGUUUGCCGCCAAGAACCAGGCCAUGGGGAAGAUGGCAGGACAUGGGAAAUCCCCCGCUCCCUCGGGCUCCUCCUCCUCCUCCCACAAACACUCGAAAGUCCCGAAACCACCGGCGAAAUCACGCCCCAAGAAAUCUUCAGAGAUUCAGCAGCAGCAACAGAAUAGUAUUGGUCUCGGAACUAACAGCUCGGCCAGUAGUAGUGGAAGCACUCUGAAAGUAUCUGGGAGUUCUGCGGUGGGAGAGAUUUCUUCAAAACCGAAGAAGAAGCAAUCAAAGUAUGCAAACGUAGGGUCGACCCAUCACACAGAUGUGCAGUCUUCCUACCUCUCUAUACCAACAAAGACUAGUAGUGCUAGUGCACCUUCCGUACUCGUGCCAGCAGCUAAUGAGCCGAACCCCUACAAUCAGGGGUCUUAUAACCAGGCCACUGAGUUGGGGAGUGGGCAGAAGAAACUGACGCUGGAGGACAGCAGUGGAUCUUCGAGUGGUUCGGGGUCAAGCAGCUCGUCCGGAAGCUCAGACAGCGAGAGUGAGGACGAGUCCCCCGCCCAGCCGUCUUUCCUGUCAACGGGGACCUACCCUGGAGGUGGGGCCAGUGGGGGAGGGGUUAAUGUGCCACCUUCUGGAGGGGGAGUCAUGAAUAUGCCCUCCAUGCAACCGUCUCAACUAGCCAACAGAGUUCCUCCGUCAAUGCCAGUGUUUGGAGGGAGCGGUGUGAGUGGUGGUGGAGUCCCAAUCUCCAUUCCCCCAUUCCCAGUCCAGCCGUCACGGAACGAGGACUCUAGCAGCAGCUCGGGCUCUGAUUCUGACAGCAGUAGUGGGAGUAGCAGCGGGAGCUCCUCUGACAGCUCCGACGAGAACAUCAAGGUAUACAGCCGUAUACGUAUGAUGCUAUGUACUUAGUGACUAAAAUCUGACCAGAAAACCAAAAGUCCUGCUGCCUAAAAACCAAAACAAACGUCAUUUUUGUGUGUGCAGAGAUUUGUUCCGCUCAAUUGUUAAAGAGGAUUCUUUGGUUCAUGCAAAUUAAGAGUGUGUGGUUAUUGAUGUGUGUUUUUCCUUCGUUCAAGGGCCAGACUGCUGUGCAACAGGCUCCACCGAACAUCAUGAGGUCCAUCUCUACUCUCGAGCAUGAGUUGUCUUGUUCGUCUUCAGACAGUGACUAAGCCCCUGUAUAAUCAAUGAACUCUCCUCACUUCGUCCCACUAAUCACGACAUCGUUUCAUUCAUCGCACAAUGUAUUCUUCUGCACAUUUUCAUCAUUAAUACUCCUAUAGAGAGGUCAUUUUAGUAUUUUGUGGUGUUAUGGGUGGCGC